UCCACUAACCGAGAAACAAAGUAUCUGCGAGACUCAAGCCGUGAGAAUGGAGCGUGUGAAUCCACAGGAAUAAUACUCGCCUGAAACUGCUUUUAAACUUUAUAAAACUCAAUAAACAAACAUGGAUAUGUUUAGAAUUGUCUGCUUACUACUUUCUUCUUCAAUUGUAAGCGUAGGAGCUCAACUCACGACAGCGCAAAUGGGACAACCGGUGAAGGGUGGAUGCACAUUUGAUGAUGGACCAGCCCAGUGUGAUUACCAGCAGGACCCCUAUGACGACUUUGACUGGACCCAUGUCAGUGCACAGGAAGUGCCGUUCUUAUCAUCUGAACUGCCUCAAGGCUCCUAUAUGAUGGUGGACUCUUCCCUUCAUGACGCUGGGGAGAAAGCGCGCAUACAGCUGCCGGUCAUGAAGGAAAACGACACCCACUGCAUUGACUUCAACUACUUAUUGUACACCCAAGAUGGCUCCAGCCCAGGGACACUGAACAUCCUGGUGAAGGUGAACAAAGGACCUCUGGCUAACCCCAUCUGGAAUGUGACCAGCUACACCGGGAAGGACUGGCUCCGGGCUGAACUGGCUGUCAGUACCUUCUGGCCCAAUGAGUAUCAGGUCAUAUUUGAGGCGGAGGUCUCGGACGGGAAGACAGGCUUCAUUGCGAUUGAUGACAUCCAGGUUUUGAGCUAUCCAUGUGAUAAAUCGCCUCACUUCCUGCGCCUGGGAGAUGUGGAAGUCAAUGCCGGGCAGAACGCCACCUUCCAGUGCAUUGCCACUGGCCGCGAUGCCGUCAACAACAAACUAUGGCUGCAGAGGAGAAAUGGCGAGGACAUUCCUGUAGCGUCAACAAAAAACAUAAACCACAGGCGGUUUGCAGCCUCAUUCAGACUCAAGGAAGUGACCAAUCUGGAUGAAGACCUUUACCGAUGCGUCACCCAAUCAGACAGAGGAUCUGGUGUGUCUAACUUUGCUGGAUUAAUCGUAAGAGAACCCCCACGGCCUAUUGCACCCCCUCAGCUGCUGGGCGUCGGACCCACCUACCUCCUAAUCCAGCUAAAUGCCAACUCGAUAUUCGGGGAUGGCCCCAUCAUCCUGAAGGAGGUGGAGUACCGUAUGACAUCAGGGAGCUGGAUAGAGACCCACGCUGUCAACUCCCCCAACUACAAGCUGUGGCACCUGGACCCGGACACAGAGUAUGAGAUCCGAGUGUUGCUCACUAGACCGGGGGAGGGGGGCACCGGCCAGCCUGGACCGCCUCUAAUCACCAGGACCAAGUGUGCUGAGCCAAUGCGGACUCCGAAGAGCCUGAAGAUUGCGGAGACCCAGGCCAGGCUCAUCGCUGUGGACUGGGAGUCUCUGGGCUACAACAUCACCCGCUGCCACACCUUCAACGUCACCAUCUGCUACCAUUACUACAACGCCAACAACCAGACCAAGGCGGACUGCCUGGACAUGGACCCGAAGGCCCCGCGCCACGUGGUGGGCAACCUGCCCCCUAACACCAACGUCAGCCUGAAGAUGAUCCUCACCAACCCGGAGGGACGCAAAGAGAGCGACGAGACUGUCAUCCAGACGGACGAAGACGUGCCUGGCCCUGUUCCCAGCCAGUCCAUGAAAGCCACACCGUUCGAGGAUCGGAUCUUCCUCUACUGGAAGGAACCAGUGGAGCCCAAUGGGAUUAUCACUCAGUAUGAGAUCGGUUACAGUGGCAUCCGCUCCUUUGACCCCUCUUUGCCCUUACCGCGUCUCCCACUGGCCGUGUCUCUCCCCUGGAACACAUCUUACCACGUCUUCAACCAGCUCCACCCAGGGACCACCUACCAGUUUGUCAUACGGGCCAGCACCGUCAAAGGCUUUGGCCCCCCGACCACGCUUAACAUAACCACCAACAUUUCAGCCCCUACAUUGGAGGAAUACGAUGGGUCCGAGGCCUUUCUCAAUGAGACGGCCACCACCAUUACGGUCCUCCUGAAGCCAGCUCAGGCCAAAGGUGCCCCCAUCAGCGCUUAUCAGAUUGUGGUGGAGGAGCUGAACCCCCAUCGCACGCGCCGGGAGGCCAGCUCUGUGGACUGUUACCAGGUCCCAGUCUCUUUCCACAGUGCCUCCAGUGGCAGUUCGCCGUAUUACUUUGCGGCCGAACUCCCACCUGGUAACCUUCCAGAGCCCUCGCCAUUCACAGUGGGUGACAACAAGACGUACCACGGCUUCUGGAACCCCCCGCUCGCCCCCAGGAAGAACUAUAACAUCUACUUCCAAGCUGUCAGCAGUGUGGAGAAGGAAACAAAAACACAAUGUCUGAGACUUGCAACGAAAGGAGCCACGGAGGAGCCUGAGGUGAUCCCGGACCCGGCCAAGCAGACAGACCGGGUGGUGAAGAUUGCUGGCAUCAGUGCCGGGGUACUGGUCUUCAUCUUACUGGUGUUGGUAGCCAUUCUCCUGGUCAAGAAGAGUCAUGGAGGCUUUACUACGAAGAAUUGGUCAGUCAGGAGGAGCUACUAUUCAUACUCAUAUUACCUGAAACUGGCCAAGAAGCGAAAAGACGCCAUUGGGAACACUCGCCAAGAGAUGACUCACAUGGUGAAUGCCAUGGACCGUAGCUACGCCGACCAGAGCACGCUCCAUGCUGAUGACCCCAUGGCCGUCACCUUCAUGGACUCCCACAACUUCACCAACAGAUUACCUAAUGAUCCACUUGUGCCAACGGCAGUGCUAGUGCCAAUUACCGAUGAGAACCACACGGCAGCUGCGGAGUCCAGCCGGCUGCUGGAUGUCCCUCGCUACCACUGUGAGGGGACCGAGUCGCCCUACCAGACCGGCCAGCUGCACCCAGCCAUCCGGGUGGCUGACCUACUGCAGCACAUCAACUUGAUGAAGACCUCUGACAGCUACGGCUUCAAGGAGGAAUAUGAGAGUUUUUUUGAAGGUCAAUCUGCCUCCUGGGAUGUGGCAAAGAAAGAAACCAAUAGAACCAAGAACCGUUAUGGAAAUAUCAUUGCAUACGAUCAUUCUAGAGUGAUCCUGCAACCAAUGGAAGACGACCCUUCCUCUGACUACAUCAACGCCAACUACAUUGACGUAAGUGGCGCAGCCUCCUCCAUUGGCGAACGUGCGCGACACAACCGUCCUUCUCUCAUAUGGCUGUACAGGGAUGGAUAUCAAAGACCAAGCCAUUACAUUGCAACUCAAGGGCCUGUCCAUGAGACAGUUUAUGAUUUCUGGAGGAUGGUCUGGCAAGAGCAGUCUGCUUGUAUCGUGAUGGUCACCAACCUGGUGGAGGUCGGACGGGUGAAGUGUUACAAGUACUGGCCCGAUGACGCUGAGGUCUACGGUGAUUUCAAAGUGACGUUUGUGGAGGUGGAACCCCUUGCUGAAUAUGUCGUCCGAACCUUCACCUUAGAGAGGAGAGGUUUCAAUGAGCUGCGGGAGGUGAAGCAGUUCCACUUCACCGGCUGGCCUGACCACGGAGUGCCAUAUCACGCCACAGGCCUCCUGUCCUUCAUCCGCCGGGUCAAGAUCUCCAACCCCCCCAGUGCUGGGCCCAUUGUGGUUCAUUGCAGCCCUCUCUCCCUGGUCAGCGCCGGAGCGGGACGGACGGGCUGCUACAUCGUCAUCGACAUCAUGCUGGACAUGGCGGAGCGGGAGGGCGUGGUGGACAUCUACAACUGCGUGAAGGCCCUGCGUUCCCGGCGCAUCAACAUGGUACAGACCGAGGAGCAGUAUAUCUUCAUCCACGACGCCAUCCUGGAGGCGUGUCUGUGUGGAGAGACGGCCAUCCCCGCCUGCGAGUACAAAGCGGCCUAUUACGACAUGAUUAGGAUAGACUCACAGAGCAACUCCUCACACCUCAAGGAUGAAUUCCAGACCCUGAACUCGGUGACCCCGCAGCCCCAACCUGAGGACUGCAGCAUCGCUCUGCUGCCCAGGAACCACGAGAAGAACCGCUUCAUGGACAUGUUACCCCCAGACCGCUGUCUGCCCUUCCUCAUCACCAUUGACGGGGAGAGCAGCAACUAUAUCAAUGCUGCCCUCAUGGAUCCGUCAGAAGAAUAUCAGAGCUACAGGCAGCCGGCAGCCUUUAUCGUGACCCAGCAUCCUCUGCCCAACACGGUGAAAGACUUCUGGAGGCUGGUCUACGACUACGGCUGCACAUCCCUGGUGAUGCUCAAUGAGGUCGACUUGGCACAGGUAACGCGUGAAUCCGGCUGUCCCCAGUAUUGGCCCGAAGAGGGGACACUCCGCUACGGUCCCGUCCAGGUGGAAUGUAUGUCCUGCUCCAUGGACUGUGACGUCAUCAGCCGUCUGUUCAGAAUAUGUAACCUCACCAGGCCUCAGGAGGGCUACCUGAUGGUCAGACAGUUCCAGUAUCUGGGCUGGGCGGCCCACAGGGAGGUGCCGGCGUCCAAGCGCUCCUUCCUCAAGCUCAUUCUGCAGGUGGACAAGUGGCAGGAGGAGUGCGAGGAGGGAGAGGGACGCACCAUCAUUCACUGCCUGAACGGAGGCGGCCGCAGUGGGAUGUUCUGUGCCAUCAGCAUCGUCUGUGAGAUGAUCAAGCGGCAGAACGUGGUGGACGUGUUCCACGCCGUCAAGAGCCUGAGGAACAGCAAGCCAAACAUGGUGGACAGCCCGGAGCAGUACCGCUUCUGCUAUGACCUUGCUCUGGAGUUCAUCGAGACAUCUUAACCGAGAAGACGCAGUGAAACAGAACUUUGGAUGUUGGCAGCCAUUCCACUUACCAUUACUCCUUUGGAGGCGGUCGUCAUUGACUAAGCCCAUACAGACUGCUACAAAUGGUUUUGGAUUUUUUGAAAACUCUUUAAUGUUUCUAACUGUACGAUGUGAGUGGUUUGUAAAUGUCUCCAUUUUACAGUACUUCACAGUGUCCAGUGCCACAGAAACAAGGCCUCCUGGUCUCAUUUGCUUCAAUGUCUUUUGCAGAUUUAGUUGUUUUUAUGUACAGCCAUUGUAAAAACGGUAACACGAAAGCCAAGGUGUUGCAUGCAAAAAAAGUAAUUUUUUUCUAUAUUAGCGGCAUUAUUGUCAAUGAACAAUAUAUAUAUAUAUAUAUAU